UUAAAAAGUCUCCAAGAAAUUGAGGGGUUAUCGCCAUCUUCCCCAUCUCCGGCCAUUGUUCAUCUUCUAGGGCUUUUACAAGUCAGACCCGGCGCUGUUUGAUCGGAGCUUCCGGGUUAGCCGUGAAAUUGUUCGAUAUUUAUUUUGAUUGGUGUUGCUGGCUUUUGAUCGCGACGGUGUGGGAUUUCGAAUUGCAAGAACUAAUUUGCAGGGCAUGGCUCGCAGCCGGAGAAUAUAUGUUGGCAAUCUUCCUGGUGAUAUUCGCGAGAGAGAGAUCGAGGAUCUUUUUUACAAGUUUGGAAAUAUUGUUGACAUUGAAUUGAAGAUUCCUCCGAGACCUCCAGGUUAUGCUUUCAUUGAGUUCGAGGAUGCUCGUGAUGCUGAAGAUGCCAUCUAUGGUCGAGAUGGUUAUAAUUUUGAUGGUUACAGAUUACGUGUGGAGCUUGCUCAUGGCAGAAGAGGCGGCGGCUCCUCAUAUGAUCGUUACAACAGCUUUAGUAGCGGCGGCGGUAGCGUUUCCCGUCGUUCAGAUUAUCAAGUUAUUGUGACUGGUUUGCCAUCUUCUGCAUCAUGGCAAGACUUGAAGGAUCACAUGCGGAGAGCUGGUGAUGUUUGUUUCUCUGAGGUGUACCGUGAGCGCAGAGGAACCAUUGGAAUUGUGGAUUAUACAAACUAUGAUGAUAUGAAAUAUGCUAUAAGGAAACUUGAUGAUUCCGAGUUCCGAAAUGCAUUUUCACGGGCUUUUAUUAGGGUGAGAGAAUAUGAUCCGAAAUAUGAUUCUAGGAGAAGCUAUUCUAGGAGCCGGAGCCGGAGCCCAGCCUCAUCCAGGAGCCGCAGUGGUAGUCGCAGCUAUAGCCCAAGGAGUCCAAAGGGCAGGUCUUCACGCCGUUCAUUGUCUAGAUCUCGAUCAAAAUCUGUUUCCUCUCGUUCCCGUUCCCGUUCAGUUUCUGCAAAAAAGUCUUUAUCUAGAUCUAGUUCAAAAUCAGAAUCCUUGCCGGCUUCUCCACGAAUUAAGCGAACGAAGCGCGGCAGGAGCUCGUCCCAGUCUCGUUCAAUCGAUACUUAAACAAAUGGCGUACUCCGAUCACAGCAGUUGAGUCGGCUCGUCGGUAAUUGGCAUGUUUUCAUGAAUAAAGUAUUUUUCUGUUUGCCGGCAAGCUUUAACCUUUACAAAGAUCUGACACUUUCUACAAACAAUAGCAUAAGUUUGUUUGAUUUGCAAAUUGAUGUUUUAGGUAUUUAAAUCUUUUGGUGAAUACUAGAUCUGUUUUUUGAACUUUCUGAUUUUCUCGAGCUAUACAUUAAGCUACCGUAUACUUUGCCUCUCUGUUA